AUGGACAUUCGAAAUCUGCUCAACAGCAACAGCAGCAGCACCGCUAGCACCACUACUCACCACCACCUCGUCCGCGACUUGCACGUAGACACGACACCCAUCACCACUACAGCUGCGGUUGACUUCGACAAGCCUUUCGAGUGCACUUGGGACCACUGCGGCAAAUGUUUCUCGCGACGAUCGGAUCUCUCAAGACACAGACGCAUCCACACGGGUGAACGUCCUUACCACUGCGAGUGGAACGGUUGCGGCAAGCAAUUCAUACAGCGGUCGGCGCUCACCGUCCACAUGCGCACGCAUACCGGCGAGCGUCCCCAUGUGUGCGAAUACAAUGCCUGCGGCAAGUCAUUUAGCGACUCUUCAUCAUUAGCUCGACAUCGACGUACGCAUACCGGAAAACGGCCUUAUGUGUGUAAUCAUUGCGGCAAGUCGUUUACGCGCAAAACGACACUUUCGAGACAUCAGCGGUGCCACGAUCCAGAAUGGAAGCAUAUCAAAUCUCCGACAACUGUUGGCACUUACUCCCCCAUGACAAGCGAUUCUGAAGCCGAUGUGCCUCCUAGUCCACCUAGCAUGGCACUUGCCGACGUGUUGAUUCGACCACAGCCUGUAGACCAUUCACGAUGGACUGCCCAGCAUGCACCUUGGUAUCAUCUUCCCCCCGCAUUGCCCACUUCUUCUACCUCGCCAACCACCUAUCAUUUUCCUCCUUUCAAGGUGUAA